AUGCUUCUUUUUACUCCUACUUUUCACUUUCUUUUUACCCACCCACCUAUCUUUGCAAGAUAUAAACAAUCUUUCUUUUAUAUUCUCUCUCUCUCUCUCUCUCUCUCUCUCCUCCUCCUCCUCUUUCCAGUUCUCCCUACCCUUCUAUCUCUAUUUUUCUUCUCUCCUUUUUCUUUUUUCUUUUUCUUCCUUUUCUCUCUUACCCUUCUAUGCCCGUCUUCCUUCCUCUUUUCUCCCCUUCUCACCUCCUCUCUCCCACUAUUCCUACCUUAUAUCCCCUUCUCCUCUUUCUCACCUUCUCUCUCCCAUUCUUCCUACACUUUUGUCCCCUUCUCCUCUUUCCUCCCCUUUUCACCUCUUCACUCCCACUCUUCUUACCCUUCUAUUCCCCUCUCUCUUAUUCUCCUCUUUUCCCCUUCUCUCCCUCACUAUUCCUACUUCUCAUCUUUCUCCCCUUCUCAUCUCCUUUCUCCUACUCUUCCUACUCUUCUAUCUCGCUCUUUCUGUUCUCCAGUCUCUCCCCUCUUUCUCCUUUUCUCACCCCUCUUCCCACUCUUUUUUACACUUCUAUCUUCUUUCUCUCUCUUGUUUUCCCUUUUUCUCCCUCCUCUCUGCUUCUCUAAAAAAAGAUUUCAAUUUCUUACUGGUCUAUCUGUUUGUUUCUUGGCUCUGAGAUUAUCAGAAGUAAAGAUUAGUAAAUCUUUUGUAACACCGUUUGAUCUUGACAAUCUCUCUCUCUCUCUCUCUCUCUCUCUCUCUCUCUCUCUCUCAUGCUCAGCUGCUCCAUAUAUCUACCCCGUCUCCCUCAAAUUCCUAACAAGCCCCUUCUCUUGA